AUGGAAUUGCCUAAAUAUAUUCUGGUUUCUACUCAAAUUAGGACUGAGAAUGGUCCUACUAUAGUUGGCGACGCGGAUUCAGAUCCGGCUUUAAUGUGUCAGUUGGAAGCGACGUUAGAGUCGCGAUUAGGAAACAAUUUUGCUGAGUUUGUGACGAGCUGGGCGCCGCGGAAGGUCUUGAAUGAGCUAGCUAAAAUGAAUUAUCGUGUUGUUGCGAUGUCAGGAAUAGGACAAACCUGCGUGUGGACAUUAGAACUCAGAGAUUGA